UUUCCGUGGUUUUUAGGACUACAAGCUGGUGAGCAUCUGUGAGAGGAUAAAACAAAGCCACUCCAGGUAUUUCUCCAGGUUUUCCUUCCAGCCUAGUAAACCGUAGCAGCCUCCGGUGUGUCUGAACGAAACAUAAAGCCUUGUUUACAGCGCUGAAUCCAUCCCACCGAGCGGACUAAAACCGUGAUGUGAUCUCUCCAACCGGGAGCCGCUGACUGACGUUGUAAGAGAUAAGAAAACGGUUUCAAAUCGAUUACUAAAAGCAGAUAUACUACAAGGGUCUGAAUCUAAACGAACAUUGAAGAUAUUGAAAUCAUCCCGUUUCUCCGUGCUGGGAAAAUGGAUUUAAAUUGUUAAGUCUGCCUGUAUGAGGGUGAAGACGGAGGAGGGAGACACGGGGGCUGCAGUUUGUUGAAUCCAUUUUCGUCCUUGGCGGAUAUUUUGGAUCAAACAUCAUGUGUCUCAGUCGAGGAGGUGUCUUUUUUCAUUCAUGUGUUAUCUAAAGCAUACCGCCAUCAAAGCCGAACCGAGCCUGCUCUCCCGUCCACGUUGGAGGACUUUCUCCCUCGCCUAGCGAACAGCGCAUUCAAGCGAGCAAAGUGGCUUUUUUUUUUAAGAAAUGGAGUCGAAAAGAUGCGGAUUGUCAAGUGAUAGACAUUCCUGACGCAUGGUUUUCUUUUUCUAUAACAUUUCAUAUAUCACAUGAGUGGUUUUGUCUGUGUUAAACCAAACGUUGAGUGAUUUUUUUUUUUUGUGAGAUAAUUAUAGGAUAGCGACCGAAGACCGUUGUUUUCCUGCUGGAUUGAAAAUACCCCGCAGUGGACUCAAGACAUUCCGCAACACAUUGAGCUUCCGAGUUAGCACCCGAGUUAGCAACGGGGUUAGCAACGGGGUUAGCAUCCGAGUUAGCAACGGGGUUAGCAUCCGAGUUAGCAACGGAGUUAGCAUCCGAGUUAGCAACGGAGUUAGCAUAGGGGUUAGCAUCCGAGUUAGCAACGGGGUUAGCAACGGAGUUAGCAUAGGGGUUGGCAACGGGGUUAGCAUCCGAGUUAGCAACGGGGUUAGCAACGGAGUUAGCAACGGAGUUAGCAACGGGGUUAGCAACGGAGUUAGCAUCGGGGUUAGCAACGGCUAGCUAGUCUCUGGCUUCCAACGUUACUAACAAGUCAACAUUUAGUAAUAAAAGUCAGGGAACAACGCUUUUUUUACCUUCUUUUUUUCCCCCAAUUUAGUCCACGUUCUUGGUGUUUUUUUUGUGGGCUUGAGAAGAGACCAUUAAUUAAUUGGCUCAUAUCCCUGUUUUUUGUUUCUGGAGCUGAGAGGAAGUUUAUUUUACCGGAAUGAAGUCUUUGACAGAAAAGGAUCAUUUGACCUUGUUCUGUGGUCUGCUGCUGUGUGUCUCCGCGAUCUGCCUUCAGCCCGCAAAUGGAGAAAUUUGUGGUCCCAGCAUCGACAUCGGAAAUGACAUCAGUGAGUUCCGUCGGCUGGAGAACUGUACGAUCGUCGAGGGUUACCUCCAGAUCCUCCUAAUAGGAGACAAGAACUACAACCUCAACCAGGAGGUGUUCCGAUCGCUCUCCUUCCCCAAACUCACCAUGAUCACUGACUACCUGCUGCUGUUCAGAGUCUCGGGCCUAGACUCCCUGUCCACCCUGUUCCCUAACCUCACGGUGAUCCGAGGGCGAAAUCUCUUUUAUAAUUACGCCCUGGUGAUCUUCGAGAUGACUUCUCUGAAGGACAUCGGCCUCUACAGCCUCCAGAACAUCACUAGAGGAGCCAUCCGGAUCGAGAAGAAUCCCGAGCUCUGCUACCUGGACUCGAUUGACUGGUCUCUUAUCAUGGACGCUGAGUUUAAUAACUUCAUAGCGGGGAAUAAACAGAGUAAGGAGUGCGGCGACGUGUGUCCAGGCAUCAUGGAAGAUAGUCGUCAAUGCAUCAAGACGAUCUUCAAUGACAACUUCAACUGUCGCUGCUGGACCUCCAACCACUGCCAGAAAGUGUGUCCUGAGAAGUGCCAUGCGUGUACGCGGGAUGGUGAGUGUUGUCAUGGCCAGUGUCUGGGUAGCUGUACUGAACCGAACACCGAUACGUCUUGCGCCGCCUGUCUCCACUACUACCACGAGGGGCGCUGCGUCCCAGACUGCCCCCCCGACACCUACAGGUUCGAAGGCUGGCGCUGCGUCACCCUGGACUUCUGCUCCCACGUCCACCUGUCCGACUACGACCGCUUCGUCAUUCACAGAAGAGAGUGCAUGUCUGACUGUCCUUCUGGAUUCACGCGCAACAAGAGCAAGAGUAUGUUCUGCAGUGCGUGUGACGGGCUAUGUGAUAAGAUCUGUGAUGAGAAGGUCAUUGACUCCGUGGACGCGGCCCAGUCUCUGAAGGGAUGUACCGUCAUAAAGGGCAACCUCCAAAUCAACAUCCGCAGAGGACAGAACAUGGUGUCUGAGCUGGAGAGUUUCAUGGGAUUGAUCCAGACGGUGACGGGCUACGUGAGAAUCAGACACUCUCAGACGCUGGGCUCCCUGUCCUUCCUCAAGAGCCUCCGCUACAUCAAUGGAGAGGAACUGAUGGAUGACAUGUAUGCAUUCCAUGCAGUAGCCAAUCAGCACCUCCAGUCCCUGUGGGAUUGGACCCAGCACAACCUGACCAUCCGGGCCGGGAAACUGUUCUUCCGAUCCAACCCUAAACUCUGCAUGUCGGAGAUCCGGAAGAUGUGGAGGAAGACGGGCAUCACAGAGAAGUUUGAGGAGGACGACUUCAGGAACAACGGAGACCGAGCGAGCUGUGAGAGUACGGUCCUGCAGUUCAAGUCCAACAGUACUAUGUCUAACCGGAUCAAACUGACCUGGCAGCGCUACAGACCUCCAGACUAUAGAGACCUCAUCUCCUUCAUACUGUACUACAAGGAGGCGGCGUACCAGAACACCACAGAGUUUGACGGCCUGGAUGGUUGUGGUUCUAACAGUUGGAACAUGGUGGAUGUGGACCUUCCCCAGGAGAAGAGUUCUGACCCGGGGGUUCUGCUGUCCCCUCUCAAGCCCUGGACCCAGUACGCCAUCUACGUCAAGGCCAUCACUCUGGUGGUAGCGGACAGACACAUCAUGGGAGCCAAGAGUGAAGUGGUUUACAUCAGAACCAGCCCCUCAGAGCCGUCCAUGCCCCUGGAUGUGAGAACGUACUCUAACUCCCAGACCAGCCUGGUGGUCCGCUGGUCUCCUCCUGCCUUCCCCAACGGGAACCAGACCUACUACCUGGUCCGCUGGCAGCAACAGGCUGAAGACCGAGAGCUGUACCAGCACAACUACUGUUCUAAAGAACUGAAGGUCCCGGUCCGUAUAGCUGCUACAGGGUGGACUGACAUGGAGGAGGACCUGAAGCCUCCUAAACCAGAGGUUGGUGUGGGGGACAAGCCGUGCUGUCCCUGUCCUAAAUCUGUCGUGGACCUGGAGGCGGAGGCUGCCGACGCUUCCUACAGGAAAGUCUUCGAGAACUUCUUACACAACUCUAUCUUUACCCCCAGACCUCCAGACCGGCGCCGUCGAGAUCUAUUUGGCGUGGCUAACCGUACCGUCCACCGCGGUGUCACCACCUACCCUAACGCCACGUCGCCUGACCUUUGGGCCAACGCUACGGAGGCCGAGUUAGCGGACAGGGAGUAUGACUUCGUAGAGUCGGCAGUCAGCGAGCGGGAGCUCCAGAUAUCUGGUCUGCAGCCGUUCACGGUUUACCGGAUCGACAUCCACGCCUGUAACCAACAGGUGAAACGCUGCAGCGCUGCAGAGUUCAUCUUCUCCAGGACCAAACCUGCAGAGAAGGCAGAUGACAUCCCAGGCCCAGUGAUCUGGACCGGAGAGGAUGAUUCUGUGUUCCUCCGCUGGCCUGAACCCUCGUCCCCCAACGCACUCAUCCUCAUGUACGAGAUCAAGUUCAGACUGGGCACUGAGUCAGAGAAGCACGAGUGUGUCUCUCGCCAGCUGUACAGAGAGCAGCGCGGCGCCAGGCUCAAUAACCUGGGACCUGGUAACUACUCUGCACGGGUCAGAGCCACCUCCCUGGCUGGCAACGGAUCCUGGACUGAACCCGUCUCCUUCUAUGUGGUACAGGCCCAGCGUUAUGAGAACCAUCUCUACGUCAUGAUCUUUGUUCCCAUGGUAGCCGUCCUGAUCAUCUGUCUCCUGGCCACGUUCACCAUCAUCAACAGGAAGAAGAACAGUGACAGACUGGGGAAUGGAGUUCUGUACGCAUCCGUCAACCCUGAAUACUUCAGCGCUGCAGAGAUGUAUGUACCAGAUGAAUGGGAGGUGCUGAGGGAGAAGAUCACGAUGAACAGAGAGCUGGGUCAGGGGUCGUUUGGCAUGGUGUACGAGGGCGUUGCUAAGGGAGUUGUGAAGGGCGAGCCGGAGACGUGUGUGGCCAUAAAGACUGUGAACGAGUCGGCCAGCAUGAGAGAGAGGAUAGAGUUCCUCAAUGAAGCUUCCGUCAUGAAGGAGUUCAGCUGCCACCACGUGGUGCGUCUGCUGGGUGUGGUUUCGCAGGGCCAGCCCACCUUGGUCAUCAUGGAGCUGAUGACUAAAGGAGAUCUGAAGAGCCACCUGAGGUCACUACGGGCUAAAGACCCGUCCCAGUCCUACAGUCUCAACCUCCCACCUCUGAAGAAGAUUAUUCAGAUGGCUGGGGAGAUAGCGGACGGGAUGUCUUAUCUCAACGCUAACAAGUUUGUCCACAGAGACCUGGCCGCCAGGAACUGCAUGGUGGCAGACGACUACACCGUCAAGAUAGGUGAUUUUGGUAUGACCAGAGACAUCUACGAGACAGACUACUACCGUAAAGGAGGAAAGGGAUUGCUGCCGGUCCGAUGGAUGUCACCCGAGUCCCUUAAAGAUGGAGUGUUCACCACCACCUCCGAUGUCUGGUCCUUUGGGGUGGUGUUAUGGGAGAUCGCCACGCUAGCAGAGCAGCCCUACCAGGGGAUGUCCAACGAGCAGGUGCUGCGCUUCGUUAUGGACGGAGGACUGCUGGACAAACCAGACAACUGCCCUGAUAUGCUGUUUGAGUUGAUGCGGAUGUGUUGGCAGUACAACCCUAAGAUGCGUCCGUCGUUUCUGGAGAUCAUUAACAGCAUCAAAGAGGAGCUGGAGCCACCGUUCAGAGAGAUGAGUUUCUUUUACAGCGUAGAGAACAAACUUCCAGACACAGAGGAGUCAGACAUGGAGGUAGAAAACCUGAACAAUGUUCCUUUAGUCCCCGCUGCCUCUUCACGUCCCCCCAUCCCCUGUCCCACCGCCUCCGGGUCCGCCCUCCCCAACCAGCCCCCUCCUCCGCCCUCCCAACAGACACCAGCCUCCACGACCCCCGGCGGUCCGUUAACGCUGUGCUCCACCCCGCCUUCAGCCCCGUCCUCUGGGCAGGUUCAGGCCCAGGCUCCCUCGUCCCCUUGCUCCCCAGCCCUCGGGGCCACCGGCCAGGCCUGCUGCUCCCCAGUGGCCCCUGGCCCUUCCUCGGCACAGAGCUCAGGGGCCUCAGGACAGGUGGCGUCCAACGGCCCCGAGGCGGUCGCCCAGGUCCUGCUGCGACCAGCCUUCGAUGACUCACCGCCCUACGCACACAUGAACGGAGUGAGGAAGAAGGAACGUGCCAUGCCCCUCCCACAGUCCUCGGCCUGCUGAUCCUAGUGGACCCCCCUCUCCAUCCCUCAUCUCUGGUGGACUCCUCUGUAGUGGACUCCUCUGUAGUGGACCCCCCUCUCCAUCCCUCAUCUCUGGUGGACUCCUCUGUAGUGGACCCCCCUCUCCAUCCCUCAUCUCUGGUGGACUCCUCUGUAGUGGACCCCCU